AUGGAGGACUAUGAUGACAUUGAGUUAGAGGAGACAGAAAAAACUUAUCCUCAAUAUGACGACCUAAAUUAUGAUGACCUAACGACAGCUUUUAGUAGGUUAGAUACAAGGGUGAAGGGAGAGGCUAUGUAUGGUGAUGACCCUUUAGUAAUAACUAAUCUUAAAAGUGAACUGGACUAUGUAAAGGAUCUCAUGGAGAGACGUGCAAUAGAAGAAACAACUUUCACCGAAGGAAAUGAUGGUACAGUGAACAUUUCAGGUCCAUCAGGAAGCACAACUGUCCCAGAAGUCAACUUUGUGGAAGAUCCAAACAAUGUACUUCCAGAUGUGCUAGAUGCAUUCAACGAAUCAUUUGACGCUGACUGGGAUGAAAUAGAAGCCCGCCUAGAGAAACUGAAAAAGUUCUCAGAAGACCGACUUACAGCAAAUAAAAAGAAAGAUUUCGAAAACCAAGUAGAGCGUGUUCAAGCUGUCACAAGAGUUAUCAAGGGUAAGGAGGGACUAGUACUAGACCCAAAGAAUAAAUAUGUCAGGGAACUCAUAAAACGAUCAUCUGUAAGAACACUUAAGGAUGGUACAGAGGUGUUGGUAUUUAGAAGUGAACAAGGUAUUGACAAAAGUGGCACACAAAUAAUGAAACGUGGUAAGACCAAGAAUCUAGUGUACUCAAAGGACUCACCUGCCCUGAGAGAAUAUAAGAACCUCCUAAAGAAAAUAAAAGAGGUAGCUACAGAUCCCGACAAUAUAAUUAGAAGUGAUGAAUCACUUUAUGAGGAUACCAGAGAAGAGCCGCAAUUUGAUUACAGUGAUGAGGAAUACGCUGACCGUGAGAACAUUGAGUUAAUGGAUAUAAGCGCAAAACUAGGAGACCUUCCAGGGCUAACAAUGCAAGAAAAUAAUGAACUGAGAGGUGUUCUUAACCCACCUGAUGGAUCAAGUAUAGAAGGCAGAACAGGUCCCAAUGGAGCGUUACAAAUUCAGGCUGACUACUUUAAUGAAGCUAUUGGUGAAACCGUGGAACGCGCCACAUCUGCGGAAG